AUGACCGGACGUGCAGUAUUUUCCAUCCUUUCUCUCCUCCCAUUGCUCGCAUCAGGAUUCAACAUCCCAGCUAUAGGUGUUCCGGUGACUCGCUCUCAGCAACACAGACUACAUUCCCAUAACGAAGCAGAGUCUGUUUCCACCACGGAAUGGGGGGCGGAGUGCAUAUCGCGAGUUGUUCCCAUCACUUUGGAACAGACCAGCGAUAGGACGUAUAGUAGUGAUGGCGAUGCAUACGACAUCGGCCUUUUCCAUGCUCUCGCAAAGAAGAAGAUCCUGGUGACCGGGACGUACGAAAUUAAUACUCGUCUCUGCACCCCAAGCUCCAAGCAUCAGGUUUCCGGUCGACGCGCGGACACUAUUCAAUUUCUUAUUCAUGGUGCUACGUAUAAUUCCAUAAUGUGGUAUGUGCAUUCACCCCUCCUUAUCAUAACCUAUCCCGUCCUAUCGAACCCCUUCCCCCCCUCCUCUUAUCCUUAUCCUUAUCCAUGCAUUACUCAGCUAAUAGCUGUAACCCCCAUGCAUAGGGACUGGCCGCUUGAAAGUGAAACAUACAGCUGGACCAGAAAAAUGAACGAGGAAGGGUGGGCUACGUUUACCUGGGAUCUAAUUGGUAUUGUUUUCUCAUCUUCCCGGAUACGGAUACGUGCUGCUAGUGAAAAUUACUAACCAGGAGUCCGCAGGAGCCGGCAAUAGUACUCGCCCGGACGGUCUAGUCGAAGCGCAAGUGCAGAGCCACGUAGAAACCGCUCACCAGAUUAUCCAGCAGCUCAGAUCCGGGAUUAUCGGGGGCAAGAAAUGGGGACACGUUGUUUCGGCCGGCUUCUCUAUCGGCAGUGCGACCUUGAACUCGCUCGUGGACCAGUAUCCAGAAGACGCCGAUGCCAUAAUUCUCUACGGUUUUACCCACAAUGCUCUCUGGGUAUACCCAGGCUUCCUCGCUGGCCUUCAAGCCUCCGCUAAUCAAAUUGACCCGGAGAAAUGGGGUGACAUCCCAUCCACGUACCAAUCCACCUCGACUUUGGAAUCGCGGGUGGUCGCCUGCUACGCAGGCAAGUAUGACCAUGAGCAAUUGGUGUAUGACCACGAACACCGAGACUUCGACUCUUUGGGUGCCGCCAUCACGCUUGUAUUGCACAUGCUUGACGCCCCACAGUACAAGGGUCAUGUUAUGGUUGCGAACGGAGAUGGUAAGUCUACUCGCCAUCCCUCCACCCCCCCCCCCCUCCUCCUCCAUUUCCCUUUCCCUAGUGUGUUCCAUGGCUUUGGCAACCAUCCGGUCUUUCAUCUUUGAAACGGGUGUUUACUUACUCCAUUUAUUCUACCAGAGGAUGCUACUUUCUGUGGUCUUCAUUGCGGGGACAGCCCUGCCCUUGUCUACGAUUACAUCCCUAAGGCUGCCAGCUACGAUAUCAAGGUUUACCCGAAGACUGGCCAUCAAGUACUAUUCCACCACUCAGGUCCUCAGUUCAUGCAAGAUGCCAUCAGGUUCUUGGCAAAGAGUGGUUUUUAGGCUACACCAGCCACAAGCAAGCGCCAGUGACACCUAAACUGUGUUACCAUAAUCGCUUAGUGGAUACCGGAAUUACCACCUGGAAACUAGGCGAACUUUUGAAGGUUUUUUUUUCUAUGUAGCCAGGAAAAAAAAUUUGUCAACCUGUGGUACAAAGGCCGAGGGAGUAUGUAUGAAAGAUGCUUUAUUCGGCUUUCUUGUUUCUCAGCGGUAGUGUUUUGCUCUCUCUUUUUGUUCUACGAU